AUGCGUCGCCCGCAGCAGCAGGUGCCAGGCACCGCGCCGCUGGCCGUGCUUCUGGCGGCCGCUGGCUGCGUCGCCCUGGCCGCCGCUGGGCCGCCCAGGCUGCAGGAUGUGUGCUCCCGCCAGCAGGGCAACGUCAGCUGCACCUGCUCCCAGCAGCACCCGGAGAUCGACGUGGUGUCUAACGAUACGGGUUUCCUGUCGGGUGCGUAUAUGAUCACGAUCGAGAACUGCUCUGUGGUGAAACUUGGGGCGCACACACUGGAGAAGGCAGCUGGACUCCAGAAGCUCAGGGUGCUGAAUGUGUCACACCUGGAGCUGGAAUCGAUACUCCCCAAAUCGCUCAGGGAGCUCGUCCUCUCAGGCAUCGACGAGCUCGCCUCCAUCCCAGUGGCCAUAUUUCAGGAAAUUGAGAACAUGGAGACGUUAAUCACACAAGACGUCGCAUUUAAAGAGCUGGAAUCUCAUUUCCUUAACGGGAUAACACUGAAUUAUACGGAAAUAGCAGGAUGCCGGUUUCCGAACCUCAGCAGCGAUUCGUUGUACAUUGAGAGCCUGCAGGUGGUGGUGAAGAGCAACAAAUUCGCCAGCCUGGGCGCACGCGCCCUGACGGUGCAGUCAGAGGACGCUACCGUGUCGGAUAACACCUUCGCGGCCCUGGCCAGCGGCAGCAUACGGUGGCACCACUGGUCCCAGGGAGGAAAGUCGAGGCUGUCGUUUCAGAGGAACACGAUCCAGGCGCUGGAGACGGGCGCGCUGUCCGGACUGAGAGCCAGCGAGAGCUCGACGUCGAUCUCCGACAACGUGCUGCUGUGCCUUGCUGAAGAGUACGAGAGGUGCAGGGAGCUGGCCGUCUCCGACGACCUGCGAGUGUGUGACGCCGAGGACGUGUGUCCCUACCGGAAGAGGACCGGCGUGACGGAGGCGCUGGCCAAGGCGCGCGGCUGCGCUGCAGGCAGCCCGCUGUCUGCAGAGCAGUGCGCCGUGCUCGCGGUGGGCAACAAACCCUCUGGGGCGGCCUGUCUGCACGCUCCAUCCUCCGUGGUCGGCGUCGCCGCUGCCAUCGCUCUGCUGGCGACCACCUGGUUCACCGUCUAGCAGCCUACGCUCGAUGCACGCCCGGAAGGCCAACUAUACUAACAGACGCACAGUGUCUCGCUUUAACCGUGAAGGACGGUGCAACAAGUAACGAUGAUUUGACGUUAAUAAAUUUAUUGAGACCAAGACGACUUUACCAUGAAGUAAAAGGUGCACAUUCCAAUAAUUGUUUUCUGAAUAACACAAUUCAAAACGUGGGCCAAAACCGUCAUUUUUCCUUACGUUGGGUUUCACAACCGUUAGGAAUUUCGCUGAGGUUGAAACCAUUUUUGUGCCAGGGUUUUCGUCAGAGGUUGAGAAUAUAUUAUUGAUCUCUUUCGGCUGUUGCGCUAUUGUCAAGUGAUAUCUGAAAUAUGAGAAACAGACCUCGACUGUAUUCAGAUGCAGAUUAUCAUGUACAUUAAAAUAUUAUAACCAUAAAAAUAGAGGAAACAAAUCGUGAGGUAAACAUUAAUAUAUAUUUGAAGAAAUUCAUGUUACCGGCGUAAGCAGCUUUUAGUGACUACUGCUUUAUUGAAGUCUGGUUUCGGUAGGAAGGUCUAUUUCUAAGUCAAAGUCAAAAUAUGUUAAAAUAAAAACAACUUUACUAAAAAGAGCAGAAACAACCCUGGACAGUCUUUGGGACAGUCAUUUUGGUGAAUAUCAAGGUGGUUGUAGGAAGGGCAGAUCAUGUUCCGAACAACUAUUUAAUGCGAAGUCAGUCACACACCAUAGAUUACUGAACUCAAAAGAUAUUGCAGUAAUGGUUGCCGAUUUGAGAAAGGCCUUUCAUUUCGUUCACAAACUGUAACUAAAAUAGUUCAAGAAUUUGGCGUAUAGUCUGAAUUAGCAAAUCUAAUUUGUGAAACACUCACAGACACAAUAUUUAAAGAGAAAAUGUAUGGGAGGAAUAUCAUAAUCCUUCGAAACAAACACAAGUGUACGACAAGGAGAUGGGCUAUCCCCAAUUCUUUGUAACUGUAUAACUGUAUUCUAAAAAAAAAAAAAAAAAAAAAAAAAAAAGAAACAGUGGGAGUUCGGAUUGAAGAACUGAAUGAGUUUAAGAUUUCUAGAAUAAGGCUGGGAAGAGAAAACGAAAAUACUGGAAUAAACUAUCUUGAAUUUUGUAGAUGUCUUUCUGAAAAUGUGGCAUCUGCUGUCACACAAAAUAAUCUUUUAGAGGAAAUAGCCAGGAGAUUUGGCUUAUGAUUUAUUUAAGAAAAAUGAUUUUUUUUACAAACAUUAAAAAAAAUGCAAGCUGAGCAUUACGUAAAAAGUAUGUAGAAAAAAAAUUCAUAAAUUCUAAAGAAACAACUGACAGAGAGGCGUUUGGGGAAAAAAUACUGGAUGUGGAAGGAUUCCAAGGUAAAAGAGUGAAAAAGACUGGUCUCAUAUGGUCGGAAGACACGAUCAAAAAACAUAGUCAACACAUCAAGGAGUACUGAAAGAAAAGAAUAGAAUAAAAAUAAAUAAGGAACUGUUAUUGGCACGUGGUUCUUAGUUGGGCAUUCCAAGAAGGAGAAAGAAAGAAACAUCCUGGUAGGAGAGCUUAACACUUAAAAUGUCAUCAAGAGAAUUUACAUCAAAACCACCUGUACUACUGUCACAUAUAUUGCAGUAUUUCUUAAUGUUAGAGUUGUUGAGGGAUAAGUCGCACUGUUGUGACAGACCUGUGCGGAUAUGCAAUGUGCAGAACAUUUGACGGCAUUACCGAAGGUAUUUGUACGUCAUGGAAUUGUGACGGAGAAUAUGUGACAACAGUACGGAAGAUUUUGGUAUAAAUGUUCUUGACCAAGACGAGUGUUAAUUAGAAUAUGACGUUUCACGUCAGAACCUACCCUGUCCUAUGUUUUUAUUACAGUGUAUUCUUAUUUCGAGUAGAAAAUGGUAUUUCUAGGUAAAUUAGCUACCAACAAAGCAUUAUCAAUUUAAAAAAUCCUUAAAUUAUAAGAUGGAUUACUUCAAAUCUUAGGCCAUGUAAUUAAAACUUUACUUACAUUUAAAUGCGCAUCAAAGACAUUUCAGUAUAGUCCACUUACUUGUUUAGCCAAAAUGAAUAUGUGAAUUGUACCGAAACGCCUUUGAGGCGCACGUAAAUGUAACUGUGAUUACACGUCGUGAGUUUCAUUUAAUCUUACGUCCAGAAAAUUCUUCGUAUUUAUUUAAACGACACUUCUACGACCUGAAGUAUGUAAAAUAUUGGUUCCAUUGUAAUACGUGGGAACACGUCUACGAAUAUUAAAUUAUAUCAUAAACUUCAAUAUAACGAUCAGUAGGACGACAGCAGUAAUAUUCCUAAAUACAUUGUUUUAAAAUUGUGCAUAAACAUAUACAUAAAGCCAUCAGUAUAGUGCAGAUAUGACACGAAUGACUGCAUGUAUACUAGUAUGUUACUCACAGAUAAUAUUAGAGACAAGUUCAGAAUGUUAUUACGAUCUUGUACUGAGCAGAACAUGGUCACUUUGUUCUGACGUGACCAGUAAAAGACUGUUUAUGUAGUAAUGGCUGUGCGUGCAUUACUCGAGACACACAUUUUCAUAAGGUGAACGGCAGAUAAUAGUGUUCGACGUAUUUUCAACCAAAAGGAAAUCUAUUACAUUCUGUUAUGAAAGCCUUGGAAUUCUUAAAGUGAAGUUUUAUUUAACUUGUAGUUUAAAGUUCAAAAUUUGCAAAAUGAACAUUUGUCUAAAAAUAUGUUACAGAAAACUUCCAUACCCACUAUUAUGUGAAAAAAAUGUUUCCUACAAUUUAUAGAUACACUGUGCUCACGGAAUACAAGAAGGAAAGUUAUUGCAUUUUUAUUUCGUGUGAGUUGGGACUAUUUAUUUGUUGUUAGAAAGGUGCUUGUAUAUUAAAGUGAUGAGGACGUAUUAUCUUUGUUAUGUCAUGUUUGUUUUUGUAUUGUUUUUGUUAUAUAGUUCUGAUUUGUAAUGAAAUGUCUAGAAGGACCAAUGAAGUACCGAAAAAUUAA